AUGGAAGACAGGAAAAUUGAGCAGAGGGAUUACUAUGCCAUUCUAGGUCUUUCUAGAGACGCAUCGUUUGAAGAAAUAAAGAAGCAAUAUCGGAAUUUGUCAAGACAGUUCCAUCCUGAUAAGCAGUCGGUCGAACAUCAAGAUUUCGCAAAUGAGUUUUUCCAAAGAAUCGAUCGCGCGUAUCAAAUUUUGGGCGACGAGAAGAAGCGAAGACUUUACGAUUUGCUGUCGAUUUGCUGGAGAACAACGAGCAGCUCGUCAAACGUGAUGACGUAUGCCACUUUGAGUGCCCCUUUCCAUUAG